AUGACUAUAUACUCUCAAGCGGAAAAUGCACACGACUCGAGCACUUUUGGUAAAUCACUGUCUCUUAGGGUCGAUGGUGGGUUCAACGCUCUUUCCGUAAGUCCAUCGGGAAGAGAUGUUGUUUUGGCGAGUAAACAAGGACUUUACGUUGUGGACUUGGAUGACCCCUUUUCUGCUCCACGUUGGUUGCAUCAUCUUACUUCGUGGGAAGUAGCCGAUGUGCAGUGGUCGCCACAUGCGUCGAAAUCUUCAUGGGUGGUCUCAACAUCUAAUCAAAAGGCAUUGGUGUGGAAUCUGUCAAGAAGCUCGUCUAAUGCCAUCGAGCAUGUACUGCAUGGCCAUUUUCGGGCCAUAACGGAUAUCAACUUCCACCCUCAGCAUCCCGAAAUUCUGGCUACUUGCUCAAUCGAUGCCUACGUGCAUUCAUGGGACAUGCGUUCGCCUCGAAGAGCUUACUAUAGUGCAAGCGUAUGGUCUGCGGGGGCAUCGCAGGUUAAGUGGAAUUUCAAGAACCCAAAUGUGAUGGCAUCGGCUCAUGCCAACGAUAUUUUCAUCUGGGAUCUACGAAAGGGCUGCACCCCACUACACGUUGUUAAAGGUCACUCAAAUAACGUCAACAGUAUUGACUUCAAUCGCGCUAGUGAAACAGAGAUUAUGUCCUGCGCCAAUGACGGUACUGUCAAAUUUUGGGAUUAUUCGAAAAGCUUACAAGAACCACAGCGAACGGUGGUGACAGACUUUCCGGUAGCGAAAGGCCGAUACUUGCCGUUCGGGAAAGGAUUCUGCGUUAUGCCUUUCGUUGGUGGUAAUAAUUCUGUGUACUUGUCGAGUAACGUCACAGAGAGUGAACCCGGUGCAGUGUCGAAGCUUCAACCCAUCUAUGUUUUCAAAGGACAUACCGAUCGCGUUUCAGAUUUUCUGUGGAGAGUGAAAUAUAGCGGCGGAUCAACAGUGGAUGACCGGGAUUUCCAGCUGGUGACAUGGUCCAAAGAUAACGAUCUGAAACUGUGGCCGGUAAAUGAAAGCACCUAUGAAAAAGUCGAUUUUCAGCGGCAUCGAAGUCUUGAGCAUCCAUUUACCGAGUAUGAUUAUAGCACGUUCCGUCAAGAGCCGCUAAGAUCGCAGAAUUUAUCGAGUCAUGCCCAUUUCCCCAAGGAACGAUUCGUUACCGGUUCAGGACUUAAAGAAUUUCAUGACAAAAACAGAAUCAACCACCUUGCGUGGGUUUCGGGCGUAAGGAUGCAUCAUGCUGAAUCACCGCGGAGCCUCUUUGAUCUCGACAAGCUACGAAACCUGGGUGAAGAAGUCACUGUGAUCGGCCACAAAUUUCCUAAAGUUGUUUUCGAACGAAUUUCCGUAUCCACCGGGAGCUUAACACUGACAUUAUCUGGGCCCUGGUCUGAACAAAAUCCAGAUGAUCUGGUGUUCUUACGUAUAGAUUGCGUCUUCCCACCAAACUAUCCAUUUAAGAGUCCACCGCGAUUCAAAAUUGAGGAAAAUCGCGAGCUGGACUCGAAAAAGAUCGAAGAGAUUACGGAUCAACUUCAAGAAAUUUCUCGCAGACAUACUGAUCUAGGAAAAUUCUGUUUAGAACCUUGCUUGCGCUUCCUGUUAGGCGAGAAAAUAAAUCUCGAUGUUUUGCAAGAGGAAGAGCAACUAUUGAACUUGGACGUUGUUGAUUCUCUGGGAAUAAAUGAUUUGUCUUCUUUAGAGAGUUCGGACAUGAGAUCGGGUGCUAUUUCUGUUACUUCCAGAACAUCUGACGAAGAUGAACAGGAUCUCGAUAAUAAAAGCAGCAACGAUGGUUAUGUUUCUCGCUCUGCCCACGCCUUGGAUCUUGAUUCCACACCAAUCCCAAAAGGAUGCGGCGCAACUUGGACCUCCUCGGGAAAACUAGUUUGCUUUUUCACCACUGAGAGUAAGCCAGAAAAGAAGCAGCAAGGCACUCAAAGACUGGGGCCGCGCGGUUCGGUUGGAAUUCACACUGAGAAUUUACCAGAACAACUCUACGAUGAGAACAAACCACAUGUCCCUAAAAGACCUAAACGUUAUGUGGAAACCCUUUCAGCUUCCUCUGCCCACAACAGUGAAACGGGAAUUUCUGGGAAUGAUAGCGAUUCUGACGCCAGCUUUGAUAGCUUUGGUGAUGAUGAUUGGAACGAUAUCAUGCGUACAGAUAUCACCCUUAGGACCAAGAUGCCAGUAUUUUCAAAUUUUGGUAAAUCGUUGGCCUCUGUUGCAUCGGAUGAUGGAAAAAGCAAUGUGUCUGUCGCGAAAUCAAAGAAUGCUGUUUUCAUUCAAGACUUCAGCCAUUUGAUCGCGGAUAAAAGACAGCUUGCAGCUGAAUAUAUCUUUACUGGGGACUCGUUGGAAGCUGUUUGUAAGCACAAUGCCAAUGUCGCGGGGAACUACGGACUUGAGAAUAUUGCCCAUUGCUGGAAAAUGGUUGGUAAUCUUCUGAUUGACCGCGACGAACGGCAUAAUGCCAAUUUUGGGUGGCAUCAAAAUGGUGAGGGCGAUAAGCAGUUUAUCAAAGACGUGAUGGAGUUUUUGGAAAGAUCCAAAAAUGUUCAGAUGCUGGCCAUGUUUAGCUGCAUACUAAUGGAUCCGCCUUCAACAAAACGCGACAGUGUUGGCGCGAGGUCGAGUGAAGCCAACAUCAUUACCUUUGAAUACGAGGACCAAAGUCAUUUCUCACAGUCUCGUCAAGGUUCGGUUGCGCCGUCGAUCAGAUCUGAGGACUAUUUUUCGCCGCGCCAGCAUGUUGUCAAGAACCGCAAGCCGCGAUUAUCAAAUACAUUAACUCCUUCAGAGGUGAUAGCUCAGCAUUCCCUUUUACCUGACAUUAGAAUUGAGAUCAUGAACAGCAGUGAACUUGGCUUCCUUGGGGGUAGAAGUCCAUCUCUUUUGGAUCCCAGCGAUGAACCCAAAUACCGCUCCUACAGAUACCAGUACUCGGAGCUACUUUUUUAUUGGGGUCUUCUUAUUAACAGGGCGGAACUCUUGCAAUUUAAUAGUAAACAAGAGAAUACUACGCCUGACCUGUGGCAUCAUUCUUUGGGCUAUGGACUAGACCUUCGGGCAGAAAAGAGUUAUGCGGGAGUUUCUUACAAAGCACUGAAUAAUAAAAUAAGCUUUUUGACUACCCGCAUUUGCAACUACUGCGAACUACAAGUCUUGGGAAGAGCUACUGUGUGCGGUAACUGUCAGCAUGUAAUGCACGCACAAUGUGCCAAAUCGUGGUGGGAGCAGAGCAUCGAAUGUCCUUCUGGAUGCGGCUGUCAGUGUAUUGAUAUGUUCGACGUCACGUGA